AUGUCUGUCCAGACUUAUUUUUAUUGACCAUUUGCUGUUGUUUGGAACGCCUUUAAAUAAGUUCGGCGAAAAACAGAGAAUGAGCUACAUAGAACUAUGUUUUCUGUUUAGUUUAGUGAGUGAGAGCAGCAAUUUGUAGCACACAGUAAAAGGGGAACGUGAAAAUUUCAAUUUAAACACAAAAACAAUGCUUGAAAAUAACAAAAUUUACUCUAAAUCAAAUGUGUAAUGGAUAUUUUAUAAAAUAAAUACAUUAUAAUGUCGAUGCCAGUGGUUUUUGGGAGUUUAUUUGUUGUUACAAACUCUCAAAUCGUGGUGCUCCUCCAAAAAACCAAAUCUUAAUGAGAACAAAAACAAAACCAACAACAACACAAAGACAGCAGCAGCAGCAGCAGCAGAGCAACUACAUAGAGAUAUAAAAAGAUUUUUUGUGUUGUGUUUUGUGAUUUUUAUGUGUUAAAAAAAGAAGCAAUAACAUUAAGGAAUAAAAAUGCAAAUAAUUAAUUGAUGAAAUUAAAAUAAUGAGAAAACACAAAACAAUGUGAAAAAUUAUGAAGUAAUUAAAUGUACUAUUAAAAAUAAAUAAUAAAGAAAAUUAUAAAAAGAAAAAAGCUGGACAAGACCAAACGGUAAAGAAGUGACGUCAAAACAGAUUUUUUCUUUCAUCAAAAACCAUUAGCCAGCCAGCUAGAGCAGCGACUCUUAAUAAUUGAAAAAAAAAAUUUUGCUUGAAAAAAUCAAGAAAACUGCCCCAAAAUGACGGACUGUUUAGAUAGCUUAUUCAGCAGUAUGGCCAAUACUUUCAAUAGUGAAGUGGAUCUGGAUAAUGCCGAAGUAAAUUUAACGGAAGAUAAAACAUUAAAGUGGCGUAAUUUGUCCAAAAAUCAAUUUGCCUCAAAAGAUAAAGAUAAGAAAAGCAUUGGGGGAAAAACAACGCCAACAGUAGCCGCUGGGGCUACGGUGGCGAUAACGACAGAGACGGAUAGUCAAAGCGCCAAUGGCAACAACAGCAGCUCAGUAACACUUAGUCCCAAAAAAGAAGAGGUAAAAACCGAACAAGAGGAGGAAGUGCAGGAGGUAAAACCCAGCCAGAGCCCCAGCAGCACGUCACAUGCAGAACAACAUGUUAUCGUCGAUAAGAAAAAAGAAAUUGCGACAAAUUUAGAAAAUAAUAAUAGACAAAAUCAAACAGGAAAUUGUAAUGUUCCAGUUAACGAAACAGCAACAGCAAAGUCCGAACAACAAUUAUUGGAUAUUAACAACGUUAAUAUGACCAAUAAGAAAGUCCAGAAAAAAAGCACUAGCGGCGAAAAUCAUCAAGGUCAGCCAGUUUUGUUAGCAAGCAGCUGCAGCAGCUCUACUGUUGCUAACACCAACACACAGACGGCGGAGACAGUGAACCGAGAAUUGGCCAAAGAUAAUGGUUCGAAUGUAAGCAGCAUAAAAGCGGAAGAAGAAAAUAAUCAGUCAAAUAAUAACGGCAACAUAAAUGGUGAAACACCCACAACAGCAUCGAAACCAGAGACGCCAACGUCCUCAUCUCCAUUAACUGUGGUGGCUGCUGCCAAUUCAGAUCGACAACAAGUUGUUGCAGUUACAAUAAAAUCUAAUGGCAAUUCAUCGGGCCAUCGCCAACAUCAACAUCUUACAAACAAAACGGAAGGCAAAGAUAAUCAUGAUAGUGGAAAUCUUCUUUUGCUCAAUCAAAACAAAGAUGUUGAGGUGAGCACCAAAACACCAACAACAACAGCGGCAGUGUCGUCGACGCCGUUAUUUGUGGCUGAUAAUAGAGAGCAGAGAGUAACACCAGCUCCACCACAACAAGAGAGCACCAAAACACAUGAUGGUGACAGCUCUGCCGCGCCAAUCUCAGAGAAAGAAACAACACAUACUGUGGGCAACAAUAACAACAACAACGCCGUUGAUGUUAAUGAUAAUAAUAAGAAUAAAACCAAAAACAACAACAACAACAAUGCAAAAGCAAAUCAAAAUCAAUCAGAAAUGAAAAAUCAAAAUGCUGCAAUUUCUUCUUCUUCCGUAAAUUGUAAUAAAAACAAAUUAAAACCCAUUGAAAAAGAAGUGUCGGAGAUGGAGGACAGCAAAAAGAGAGUGGCGGCAGAGGUGUCAGAUAUAAAUAAUGAUGAUAAAAUUAACACCCCCAACCAGUCAGAAGCAGAAAAAGAAGGGUGUUCUUUGGCAAAUGAAAGUUCAAAUGGGGGUGGCGGUGGUACUGGUGGUGGUCAUGGAGGUGAGGCUAAUAGUAAAAGUGAACCAGAAACGGCGGCCGGUGGCGUUGCUACAGCGGCAAAAGUCAACUGCACAGCUGCUGGUGCUGCUGCGACAGCGGCUAAUGACAGCGUUGACAGCACGGGGGAUGUUAAAGGUGCAAAAACUGAGCCUGCCAUUGAAACAGAUGUCACAAUGAUCAAUUUGGAAAUUCCAACCAAUAUCAAUGAUGCCAGCAUUUCCCAAGCUAGUCCAAAUCCUGGGCAAGCAGAGAAAGAACAAACCGAAAAACCCAAUGCAAAUCAAACGCAAAACAAACGUGGACGUGGUCGUAGUAAGAAAUCAUUGAACACAGAGAAUGAAGGACUAACAGCAACAACAGCAACAAACACACCAGCAGGAGAAACUAACACUGCGGCGAGUAGUGAACAACACAAUUCACCAAAUUCAAAUGAACGCAAGGCGCCAGGACGAAAACGUAAACAAUUAGAUGAAGAGGUCACGGAAGGAAAUACCAAUAAACAUGAUGAUGAUGAGGGUAAACGUAUGAGACGUAGUGAGAGAUUGUGUAAUCGUUUGGAUGGUUUUAAGAUUUUGGAUGAAGAAGUCUCCCAUGGCCAUGGCGGCGGACAUCAUGCGGAUGAUUCGCCAACCCGCAAGGCUCUACGCAUACAAAUUGAUGAAAAAACACCACCCAAAAAACGUGGACGCAAAGCAAAAAUACAACUUGAGGCUGAAAAGCAUUCCGAGGAACAAAUAUCCCCCACUGGGGCUGGCGGUAGCAGUAGGCGCCACGGCAACUCAGCCAAUGAUGCUUCAGUUGUGCUACCAAAACGUUCACAGCGGCGCAUAAAGCCCACAACAAAAAUACUCGAAAAUGAUGAGCUACGCUAUGAAUUCGAAACCAAGAAUAUUGUUCGCAUGACAGCCCAAAAUUGGGAAAGCUUGGAACAAACAGAUACCACACCCACCCAUCAAAUUGUACAAAAUUCCACAACUGGUUCAAAAAUGAAAAGUGAAAAAUCCGAAGAUAGUAGUUCUCAACAGCAUCCCAGUGGUUCAAGUGCCAUAAAGAAGAAACUUUUCCCCAAGUCACGCAAAGAAAUGGAACAAUUGCGAAAACCCUGCCCGGACAUAGAUAAAUUCUUGCAUGAAAUAAAAACAUCCAAAUGGAAUGUCAAUCGUUCUCCGGAAGAUAAAAAGCUAAGCAAGAAACAGCAACGGAAACUGGCCAAACAAAAGGAGAAACAUUUUGAAAAAUUGGGACUACGACGUAAUGGCAGCGAUGAGAUUAGUGACAAUGAUAGUCUAAGUGAUAAUGAGGAAUUUGUUCCCACCAAACGAGUGCAGGUGGGAAAGCCCAGUGUUACAUUGAGGGUGCGCAAAGAAUCUACACCACCACAGCCGCAUGUCGGUACACAGCCAACCACAAAACCGGUAAAUACAUCCUCUUCCUCGACAACAUCCAAUACACGGCGAAAUCAAGCGACAAAACCAAAACAAACUUCGAGUGAAAAGUCGUUGGAAUUGGAUGCAAAACAGCUGAGGAAUUUGAAUGCCACAGUGACAAGUCAGGCCACCAGUUCCAAUGCCAAGAACAGUAAUUUGAUUUGUCUCUGCCAGGCUACUUCCAAAUACUAUACACCCAAAACUCCUGAGACUCAAUAUUGCUGUGCCAUUGAUAAUAUUGAUGACUUGAAAGUGGGUUGUUCCAAUCAACUCACUGGAGAAAUACUCAAUCUGUUUCGUCCCAGUCAGAGGGUGGGCUAUUUGGUAUUGUGUGAUGAUCACAAGAGACGCUUGCAGACGCACAAUUCAUGUGCAGAAUGUGGUAUCUUUUGUACUCAGGGUGAAUUUGUCUUGUGUAAAAAUCAUCACUUUUUCCAUGCCUCCUGUGCCCAGCGCAUUGUACUCAGUUCAAAAUACGAUCCUCAACAACCUGCCUCGCGAAAUGCUAGUCGUACAUUGGUCUUAAAAUGUCCCCACUGUGGUCUGGACACAGCCGAAAAGACCACAACCAUAACCAUGAAAAGUCAUACAGUGCCAAUAUUUUCAUCUUCACAGAGACCCUUGGUGGCACCGGUAGCAAGCAAUACCAAUAACACUGGUGGUGGUAAAGGCAAUAAUAAAAACAAAAAUCCCACAAAAUGUUUUACGGAGGCGCCUGGCUUCAAACCCAAUACCAAAAUUAACUAUGAACAACUUAUACCGGAAUCGGUUAUGAAUGUUGUUGCUGCCCGGGGUCGAGAUCGAAGUACCACUGUAAAUGAGUUUACAACCAAAGAUAUGUAUUAUGCAGUCAAAAAUGAUGAUCUAGAAAGGGUGGCGGAAAUUUUGGUUUCCAAAUAUGAUAUCAGCAGCUGUAUGCGUGAAUGUUGCAUGGGCACCUGUUUGCAUUUAGUUGCCACCUUUGGCACCCUUCAAAUGGCCUAUCUGCUGCUCUGCAAAGGCAUUGGCAGCGAUUUUAUCAAUAAAAUGGAUCAAGAAAUGCGCACAGCUGUUAUGUGUGCCGUCAAUGAAGGCAAAUAUGAUAUUGUCAAUUUGUUUAUACAACAUCGUGCCGAUUUGGCCAUAAGGGGUCCUGAUGGCCAUACAGUCCUGCACAUUGCUGCCCGUACAGGAAAUUUGGAGAUAGUACAAUUAAUCGUCUAUAGCUAUAAGGCCAGUAAGAAUAUAUCACAAUUUUUAAGUUUUAUUAAUGCCCAGGAUGAUGGCGGCUGGACUGCCAUGGUGUGGGCUGCUGAAUUGGGUCAUACGGAUAUUGUGAGCCUACUUUUGCAACAAGGUGCUGAUCCCAAUAUCUGUGAUAAUGACAAUAAUACGGUUUUACAUUGGGCUGCCCUACACAAUAACGAUUUGGAUACCAUAUCAGUAUUAUUGCAAACUGGUAUCAAUUGUAAUAUACAAAAUGUUGAAGGUGAAACGCCGCUCCACAUUGCUUGCCGUCAUUCUAGUAAAAAUCUAAGUUUACUUUUAAUUUUCAAUGGUGCCGAUCUAAUGUUAAAGAAUCGUGCCGAUGAGCUACCCUAUAAUUGUAUACCAAAUGAAAAUUCCGAUUGUGCCCGCCAUGUGGGCUUUCAAAUGCGUAUGCAUGCCUUACAUCGCCGCCGUUCCCACAUUGUUUGUGGUGAUAUAUCGAAUGGUCGUGAGCUGUGUCCCAUACAGGCGCUGCGUAAUGAAAAUAAUGUAAUGCCAGUCGAUGAAUCUGAUCAAAUAAUGUUACCAGAUUUUCGCUACAUCACCGAUACAAUAAUUUUACAAAAUUCAAUACAAAUCGAUCGUAGAGUUUCGCAAAUGCGCAUAUGUACAUGUUUGGAUGGUUGCAUUACGGAUGGCUGCCAGUGCACUGGUGCUUCUGGCCAAAGUUGGUAUACCGCUGAGGGUCGUUUAAGUGUGGAUUUCAACUUCGAAGAUCCAGCAAUAAUAUUUGAGUGCAAUGAUGUCUGUGGCUGCAAUAAGCGUUUCUGCAAGAACCGUGUUGUACAAAAUGGAAUUACCAUACCCCUGCAAGUUAUGGAGUGUGAAGAGACCUUCAAAGGUUGGGGUGUGCGCAGUAUGGUACACAUACCCAAGGGUACAUUUGUGGCCACCUACAGUGGAGAAAUUCUAAGCGAUCAUGAGGCCGAUCGUCGCAUGGAUGAUAGUUACUUUUUCGAUUUGGGCAAUAAUCAUUGCAUUGAUGCCAAUUAUUAUGGCAAUGUCAGUCGUUUCUUUAAUCAUUCGUGUGAGGCAAAUAUUAUACCGGUGAGGGUUUUCUAUGAACACCAGGAUUAUCGUUUUCCAAAGAUUGCCUUUUUCACAUGUCGGGAAGUGGAGGCCGGAGAGGAGUUGUGUUUUGAUUAUGGUGACAAAUUUUGGUUGGUGAAAAAUCGUUAUUUCUCCUGCAAAUGUAAAAGUUCGAAUUGUCGUUAUGCCAAUCUGCCACAUUUAGUAAAUGGUGCAGCAACAGCAGUCAUUGAGGUAGAUGACGACGACGAUGAGGAGGAUGAUAUAACCGAUACGACCUCAGCAACGACCUCAACCUUAAAUCAAACACAAAAUAUGGUUGCCACUACCACAAGUGCAGCGGGCCACAGCAGUGUGACAGCAACAAAUCUUAUACCAGCCGCAGCUGCCCAGCUUGUACAAAAUUUGGAAGAUGUUUCCAUAAUUAGUGUAAGUCCUCAGGUUACCUUAACUCCCAUAAAUCACCAUAACAACAACAAUAACGCCACAACAAUUACAACCACUAAUUCUUUGAGUGUUAAUCAACAUGACAGUGCUGGAGCAGCAGCAGGAGGAGGAGUCUCAGUUGGGAAUCAUCCCUAGCUUGGGGAUUUGCCCAAUUAUUCAAUUAUUAUUUUAUAUGACACUUAAGUUACAAGGGGUUUCCUUUACAACUACUUAUACAUAUUGUUAAUAACUACCAGACACACACACAACCAUAGACAUAGGACACAAUCACUAUGACACUUAACAAGAAAUUAUGUUAAUUCUAUUAUUAUUUUUCCUCUUUUUGGUAAUUUUAAUAAGCAUUUGUAUACAAUGAAUGAAUGAUUGCUUUGAGUGUUGAAAUUAACCAAAAAAAUCGAUUCCUUACAAAAACAGAAAUUUGAAAAUUAAAAUUUACAAAUAUUUUGUGGUUCCUGGUCAUAUUUAGAUCUACAACAAAAAAAAAACACACACCCACACACAACUUUCAAAGCAAUUCGUUUACUUUUGUCUUCUUGCAGAACAGAAUGUAAGGCUUAAAGUUAACUUUAAAGAAAACAAAUAUCCUAUUUAUAAUACAUAUGUCGUCUCUAACAUUUAACAUUUAAGGAAUAUAGCUUUUAAGUCAUUGUAAUGAAGUUAUUUCUUUUUUUUUAGUUCUUAAGUUAAGUUCCUUCUUUUUAUUGUGCCCUUUUUAGUUUAUUAUUAUUUCUUUUUUUAUUUAUUUUUAUAGAAAUUUAUAUUUUCAAAAAUAUGAAUUUACAAUAGCCAAACGUAAUAUAAUUUCAGAUUGUUAGAUAAGGACUGUACAUUCAAAUAAAAAGGAUCACAAAUCGGACAGCACUUGUUUGGAGAAAA